AUACAAGCCACUAAACCUCUAGGGUUUAACCGCCCGGUCUCCUCUAUUUUUCUCUCCUGUACAUUGAGCUUUUGCAUUGUCCAGCAAUGGAGUUCGAGAAUAAACUCUCUCGCGAAGCUAAACUCAAAGAGCUUCUUCGUAACUUAACUUCAACAGAUUUCCAGCUCUAUUCCAAUGCUUCAAAAGAAUUCAUCAAACUUCUCAAAUCCGAAACCGGACCCGAAUAUCUCUCCUUGUACAUCCACAAUUCAUCCAGGUUUAUCGAACUCGAACAAGCUUGGGAGCUCCGAAAACCCAAAACUGGGCUUUACUUAAUCCUCAAUUUGAUUUCUCAAAUUUUCAACCAUUACAGAGCUGAUAAUGAAGACCCUAAACUUGCUGUAAUUGUCAGUGCAUUAGAUAAGUUUGCGAAAUCGAUUGUUGAAAAGAGAAUGAAUGAUUUGUAUAAAGAAUUGAAUAGUAAAGAGGGAAAACGCCAAAACGCUGUGCUUUUUUUGUUGGCUAGUAUAGUUAGGCGUAGUUCGUGGAUGGCCUGGGAAGUGGCGAAAAGUUUUGAUUUUAAAAUCGCGAUAUUUGGGAGAUUAGCUGAGUGGAAAGCGAAGAAAAUUGAAGGGAAAAAGAAGCAUUAUUCGACUAGGAAAGCUUUUGUGGGGUUUGCUGUAUCGUUUUUGGAAGUUGGGAAUGCUAGGUUGUUGAGAGGUGUGUUGCAACAGAAGGAUAUGUAUUCAGGUGUGCUUCGAGGUUUGGGAAAUGAUGAUGAGGAUACUGUUGUUUAUGUGUUGUCUACUUUGAUUGAUAGGGUUCUUGUAAUGGAUUCAUUGGUGCCUACUGGGCUUAGAAGUGUGCUUUUCGGGAGUGUAACGUUGGAGCAGCUCGCUAGUAUUUCGGGUAAAGAGGGUGGUGGAUUGGCUGCAGAGUUAGCGAGUGAAGUGUUAAAUAUGGUAUGUGUUGAUCCUGUUAAUGGGUUGAUGCCGGAUUUGAAGAGGGUACCUAGUCCGUUGAGAGGAAACCAGAAAAGAUUAUUGGGACUUAUGAAGAAGUUAAAAGCGGGAGAGAUUGAGAAUCAUAGAAACUUGCUUUUGGCAAUUGUUAAAGGGAAGCCGUCGUUUGGUUCAGCUUAUUUGGAUGAGUUUCCGUAUAGUCUUGAAGACCCUUCAUCGCGUAACUGGUUUGCUUCAGUUUCUUUGGCAGCAAAUGUGCUCUCCUCUGUUGGUGAUGGACUUGCCUUUGAAUUUCUUGAUUCUCAGACCCAAGAGCCGCCAACUCUUAACAGCCCAGAGCUGCAAAAUAUCAUGAAGUGCCUUGGACCGCGAUCCUUCUCUCGACUGGUGAUUAAUAAAGGUUUACUUCAUUCGGAUCCUCUAGUGAAACAUGGAACUUUGAAGCUUGUAUUGGAGGUUCUGAAAUUGUUAGAGUUACUAAUUAGUGCUUUAAACAGUGUCUUGUCUUCCCAAGGUCAAAUGAACCACAAAUGGGAAUCCCUCAAGCAAGAUAUCUGGGAUGCAGUUCGGAUUUUGCUCCCCGAUCCUCAAGUUCUGUUCUCCUUACUCUCUUCACUGAACGAAUUUUACAGAGGUCUUGAGCAACGCUCAAAAAGACCCGCAGAUUCUGAAAUAGGAGAUAAAAUGAGCAGUAGGAAGAAGCGGAAAAUUGAUGUUGCGAAUGAGGAUACAGAUAUUCUAGUAGGGGGGAUUAGUUACUCCCCUGAUGCUGCUCUGGCCCUGGAUGGUGAAGCAGUCAUAAAUGGAGAUGACACUGAUGAUUCUAAAGAUGAAGAUUAUUUUGGAAAGCUUAUAACGGGACUCUGGAGUUUGCAUUCUUCUCCCUUGCCAGACUCUACUAUAGAAGACACAGAAGUGCUAUUCUAUGCCAAGUUGCUUAAUGCUUUAACAAUAUAUUAUAAAACAAUACCUAAUAUGUUGGAAGGAUUGUUUGAUUUCUUCAAAAUUCUACCAAACAACCCGCUGGUAUUACCAACUAUGUUGCAACAAACCCUGCUAUCUCUGCUCCAAGAACAUGUUGGUUGGUCCUCUAAAUGCGAAAUUGCAACAAGGGUUAACUCACAGAUGUACAAGCAUUUGCUUCCAUUUCUGGAGUUGUUAAUGUUUUCACCCAACAAUGACAUUAAAGAUCAAGCAUACAUUCUAGCAAAGACAUCAGUGUAUAGUACUGGUGCAUUUGACAAAAACCCAAAGGAAAUUUCUUUAUGGUUCUUCUUUAUUCCUGGGUAUAGCAAAGACAACAUGCUUGGAGGAGCAGUAGGGUGUGAUAUCUACAGAAAAUUGUCCUCUCCUGUUCUUCUUUUCCUACGUGAUGCCGUGAUUGAGUCUGGCAAUAAGUUAUUCUAUUAUUUGGAUCUUUUAAGGUCUUCUUUGAGUGGCAUACCAGGCGCCAAAGAUAUAUCUCCUGAUUUUAGCUCUUUCACAAUCUGCAUCUUGGAUAAGUGCCUAACAUUGGUAACUGCUGAAUCUGGUGCAUUUUCUGCUUCCGAGAAGUCAAUGGUUUCAUCAUACGUGUCCAAUACCUUAAAGUAUCUCCUGGAGACUCAGGUGGAUCCAUUACCUUUAUCUUCAAUAAUUGAUCUGAAGUUGUCUGAGAGACUUGAUGCUCCCUAUGACCUGGAUGAUUCUCAAUGUCCCUGCGAGUGGCGGCCAUUCAAGAGAUUGCUCCAUUUGUCACGGAAGAUUUUGCAGGGAACUUACAGAAUAUCUUCCAACAUCAAGGAAGUUGUGUAUACUGACAGUUCUUUUACCCGUACUGUCGGUGAAGUCCAAAGAUUGCUUAAGAGUGAGUCUGAUGGUAGUCUGGUUGGAUUGACAAUUGGGUUUUGCUUUUCAAUUGCAUGCACAACACCAACUGAGAUAAUACAGAAUUUCUCUUUAAUAGUAUCUGUCUCGAAUAAAUUGCUUGGGGUCCCUCUGUCACUGUUGAUGCAACUAUUUUUUUCAGAACCUAGUCUUCUGAAUGAUGCUUCUAAGAGAUGGCCAGAAAUCUUCUUCAUGGGUCUGGAAAGGGCCUUAGCUAGGUCAAGUGGUGGGAGAACAAUGGACUGCGAGUCUGAUGCAUUUUCCGUAUUUUUGGAGCGUGCACCUUUUUAUGUUCUCUUUCCAGCUGUUCUAGAUAUUGAUGGACUGGAUUUGUCUGAUCAAUCAGGAUUGCAAAACUUGCUUCUGGCAAAGCUUUCAGAGAAGACAUCUGAUCAUCUUCUUUCUUGUUUCCGCUAUUUACUCUUUUGGUUGAAUCAAGCUCAGUUAUCCUAUAGAAAUGAGCAGUUCGAGGGACUUGAAAAGCUCUCCGAAGCUUGCUUCCUUCUUCUAAGCCGCACGCUGAAAAAAUUGUUGGCUGAAAAGUCUAAUUCUGGUGGUUUAGACGCCUGUAGUCCUUCCACAACUUACUUUGUUAAAGAGUUGGUUGUGACUAUCCUUGAUCACCCUGCUGUGGCAGCAGUGCUGGAGUACCCAUCCCCUGUUAAUAGUGAUUUUGGAUGUGGAAUAAUUGAGGAUAGUGUAGACCAGUUUGUUGAAUCAGCUAAACUGAAAAUUUGCAAGAUGGAUCAUCAUGUGCUGAAUUUGGUAAAAGCGACUUCUGAGUUCUGGAUGUCUUUCUGCGAUGGCCAAAGCUCCUCAUCUGAAGUUUAUCAGGCCAAUAAACAUGUUGUGAGUUCAUUCAAAAAUGUGGUAAAGAAACUUGGUCGGACAUUUAAGCUCAAGAUGAACGAAUGUUUGAAGUCCAAGAACUUAAUACCUUUAGUUCCUAUAUUAUAUGCUCUACAUAGUCUGAUUCAUUUCAUAUCUCCCUUUGAGGUUCUUGAAUCGGUCCAUUGGAUGCUUUCUGCAAUUGACCUGGAGGAUCGUUCUGUUUGGCUGACUUCAGCUCUCUGUGUUGGAUUACACAUUGCUGGUUCUGCAUUUGGUCAACUGGCGGCAUACAUGUGGCACCCACAUGGAAAAAUGCCUCUUUACUUGUUCUGGGGAAUUCAACAGGAACAAUAUGAUGUCAUCCUCUAUGAGAAAAUCCUUUUGCAAGUAUAUGAUAUUGCCACUCGAUUUGAACUUGAUGUUGCUGAUGCCUGUCUGCUCAAAGCUGUAAAAGUUGUGAAAGUAUAUAAAGCUAUGCAGAAGCAAAGCCAUCCUUUUCUUAAGGAUACAUGUAGAGCUGUGGCUAAUAUUCAUGUCAAUAUCCUUUCUCAUUGCAUGCUUAAAAUAACCAAAACAAAGGCUGAAAUCUUGUUUCUUGUUGCUGAUAUAAGCCCCCUGCAUCUGUCAGUAUUUGGGAAGUUAUUUUCAGACAUGAUGAAUAAAUAUGUGGCAGUCAAGCCUUGUACAGUACCACCAAUUUGUGAUUUUUCUGAUGAAGACGCGCUGAUGCUUCUUCCCACUGUUAACCUGUACUUAAAUUCAAUUCCGGCAAAAUUUGGGGGCCAUCUUUGCAUGCUUCAUGAGCAUAUAGUUUCUUUUUAUUGGGGAGUACUCAAGCAAGGUUUCUCUAUCUGGAAAAGUUACGUUUCCAGGGAGAUAUUUAAGGUAGAAUAUGUUGAAAACCUUUCAAUGGAAGCUUUUCUGGAUCUUGUCUCAGGUAGUCUUCUCGCGAAUACUGUUCUUGCAGUUCAAUUUUUCUUUGAAUUAAGAGGCGAUUUGGUGAAAGUGAAAAAGCGCUUGAGUAUAUUCAAUUCUGUUUGCUCAAGUGAUUGUAGUGAUCUGCUGGAGUUUGAUCUCUCUCAAGAUGGUGCUUAUUCAGUUGAGGAGUCCUUGAAUGUUGUCAACAGGACUGUUGCAAAAAUACGUUUGUGCAGAACACUUUUAUUCCCUGAGAAGAGGAAGUUUCCGUCUCUGCUGAAGAAAAAUGCAGAAGUGAUUGCUUCAGAAGAUUGCUCCAUUUUAGACUUGGCAAGAAUCCGGCUUUUGAAUUUGUUGGUUCAAUCCUGGCAGCUUAUUGUCAAUAGAUGCUCUUUGAACGUUGUUGACUUCAGGCAAAUGGAGGUUGGAAGCUGUUCCUUGUUUAGAUAUUUGGAAGUAUAUAUUCUAAGAAAUGUAAUGGAAAUAACAACGGAGAUGCAUGAUUGUCUUCUGAAUAUGGAUUCUCUUCCAUUUGUAGAGCAACUUGUUAAGUCAUCUCUUGUGCAUAGGUUUUAUGAUCCUAUGACACUGGGGAUGCUCCGAGCUAUUAUCUCAUCAGUAUCUGAGGGGAAGUUCUCUUGUAUUUCAAUUAUUCAACUAUUGCUUGCACAUUCUCAAUUUGCAGCUGCCAUCCGUCCUUCUCACAUCUCAGCUGGUCAUUCUCACUUUGGGAUGAUAUUUACUCCUUUGCCUAGUAUCAUGAGAUCGUACGUUCCAUUUACUGAUGAAGAUGCCUUCGGCUUAAAAGAUAGUUGUAAACUAUCUGAGGAACGUGCUUGCCAGUUGGAACUUGUGAAGUUGCUUAGGUUGCUUUUCCAAAUCAGGGCUCAACAAUGUGAUAUUAAUAAUGUAAAAGACAUUGGAAUAAAUUUGGGGGAGCUGGUCUUCUUGCUGUUGUCUUCUUAUGGUGCUAGUAUGAGUGCGAUUGACUUGGAGAUCUGCAGCUUAAUGGAUGAAAUCAAUUCGACUAAUGAAUUGAGCAAAGGAAGUAUGGCUAAAUUGGAUUACCUAUGGGGUAGUGCGCUGCUGAAAGUCAGAAAAGAAAAUGAACUGAGGCAGAGUAUCUCUAGUAAUUUGAGUGAAGCUGAAGCAGUUGAUGACUACCGAAGAAUCCACUUCAGAGAAAACAUUCCCGUUGACCCCAAAGUUUGUGCAACUACUGUGCUUUAUUUCCCAUAUGAUAGAACAGUUGGUCCAGGGUUUCUCAAAAAACCUAACAAGGAUUAUCCUGACUUAAGAUAUGAGGUACAUUAUGCAGAUGUUGAGAAACUCCGCGUGUAUGAUCCCAUUUUUAUUUUGCACUUCUCAGUUCACUGUCUUUCUAUGGGUUUUAUUGAGCCCUUGGAGUUUGCUAGCUUAGGCUUGCUUGCCAUUACUGUUGUUAGUAUAUCUUCACCUGAUGAUGACACGAGGAAACUAGGUUACGAGGUUCUUGGAAGAUUCAAGAGUGCACUGGAGAAAUGUCAGAAGAGGAAGGAUGUGAUGCGACUGCGUCUCCUAAUGUCGUACUUGCAAAAUGGUAUUGAAGAGCCUUGGCAGAAGAUUUCAUCCAUAACUGCCAUACUUGUUGCAGAGGCUUCUUAUGUACUUUUGGAUCCUUCACAUGACCAUUAUUCAGCAAUAAGUAAAUAUCUGAUGCGCUCUCCAAGUGCAAAUAUGAAGGGUAUACCAUUGUUCCAGACUUUUUUCUGGAGUAUCUCAAAUAAUUUCAAAACAGAGAGGUUGUGGAUGCUACGUCUAUUGUACUCAGGAUUGAAUAUGGAUGACGAUGCUCAAAUAUACAUCAGAAACGCCAUUUUUGAGACCCUUUUCAGUUUCUAUGUUUCUCCUAUUUCUGAUAAUGAAUCGAAGGAGUUGAUUGUUCAGAUAGUAAAGAAGUCUGUCAGAAUACCCAAGAUGGCCCGGUACUUGGUUGAACAGUGUGGCCUGAUCUCAUGGUCAUCCUGUCUUGUUUCAUCUCUUUCUUGGAGUCAAUGCAGAAGAAAUUCGUCUGCUGAGUUGACUGUUAUACUGGAGGCACUAAAUGAAGUCGUUCUGUCGAGACACACUGUUGAGUGGAUGCAGAAAUAUGCCUUGGAGCAGCUUGUGGAAAUCUCGUGCAAUCUAUACAAGAUGCUAAUUGAAGGUGUUAAAAUGCUUAAAGUAAACACUCAACUUGUUAAACUGAUUCUACAAAUAUUGAGAUCAGCAUUGAGGAUAUCCCAAAAGAGGAAGGUAUAUCAACCACAUUUCACCCUCUCCGUUGAGAGUUUACUUCAGUUAUGUGAAGUUGUUGAUGAAUGCUGCGAUGGAAGGCAAAAUCUUGUUGCACAGAUUGGACUCGAAGCUGUACUUAUGAGCACUCCUCCAGUAAAUAUUUUGCGAAUGGACCAGGAAAAGGUUGCCAAGUUUGUUAGCUGGGCGACUUUAACUGCUUUGCAGUCAAAUAUUGAAGAAGUCCAUGCGCCGGAAAAUUUUGCUUGCAAUAUGGGACUGCAAUCCGAGGAAGAAUCAGAUGAUUCUCUGAUAUCAAAGCUUGUUCGGUGGCUGGCUGCAUCAGUGAUUGUAGGAAAGCACUCCCUCAAAUUCAGUAAUUUGCACUUGUGUCAUUCUUUUGACAGAUCUAAGCUCAAUAACCUGCUCUCUCUGAUGGAGUGGAAUGAGCAAAGAUGUAGUGGUACCGACAGGACAUUUCAAUGUGCAGAAACUUUAGCCUCAUCAAUCUAUUUUCUGCAACAGCUACAAAGCACAAACUAUACAGUGCUUCCAUCCGUCGUUUCUGCAAUUUGUCUUCUUCUUUCUUCUAGUCUUUCCUCAGCAGAAACAGACAUCUUAGCUUGUGAUGCAAGUCAGUUGGCAACCCUCUUCUCCAAGAUUAAUUGUCCUGCUGAAGCUAAUCCUGCCUGGAGAUGGUCAUUUUACCAGCCAUGGAAAGAUCACUCUUCUGAGCUCACUGAUGCAGAAAAAUUGGAAGAAAAUCAGGCUUGUGAAAUGCUUCUUGUUGUAAUCUCAAAGUUGCUAGGAAGAAAUUCAUUACAUUCGCACUUCAUUUCCUUCCAGGAUGUAGAUAAGUUGGGUGUCUUUGACUGGGAAAGACGUGUCGUAAAACCUCAGUAAUUCUUUUUGGUAUUAUUAAUUCAAACCCAUAAUUUGGCUAAAAUACGUGGCAAUUUUGUUUAUUCAUCACUCAUAUUAGCUAAAAAAAAUUCACUAAGGGUAUGAGAGGUUAGAACAGGUGUUAACCAAACACUGUUGGUGUUUCUUUUCGUUCUGAUCUUCAUUCUUACACUUGUAAAUAGUGUGUACCAUGUUGAUUUUAAGUUAAUGGUUUGGAAAA